UCAAAAAUAAGAGUCAAGCAAAUAUUUUAAGCGAAGUAGAAGUUACAAAUUUGUGAAAUGGUUUGGUGGAUGCAUUUUCAGACAGCAAAAAGAAGGGAAGGUGUUCACUUUGGUUGGAUGGGCACGAAAGAUAUAGUUUACGAGACGAUUAACGUAAUAUUCGAGUGCAAUGGUAUCUACGACGGAUAUGACAUUAACGCCCUCACAAAAGCUGGAGUAAAUAUCUUCAAUGUGGACAUGACACUAAACGAUACUGAUUACUUCAACAGUAUUAAAGGUGCUUUAGAAUUUGCAGAAAAUGUACCAAAAAUACUAAUAAGUUCUUAUCAUACGCCAAUCGGUCUCUCUGUUACUAUUUCUGCUAAUAAUCCUAUUGAAGUCGAUGAUAGGGUUGACAUAAUAAUUUUAAAGGAUAUAAUGACGACGGACGAACUGCGUACUUUCAAGAAAAGAAAUGAUAAAUUUUCUUCCCUGCCAAUUUUGUUCUGGCCUCCAACGCUUAAAAUCGAGGACCUUAAUGAAUUAAUUAAGUUUACAGAUGGCAUUAUUUUGGAUCCUAGUCUGGGCAGUGUGUAUAGUGAUUUUCACGAAGUUCUGCGAAAAUGUAAAGAGUCUCGCAGACCAGUAUUUUUCAUGAAUCCCUGUGUAAUCAAUGAUUACUAUGAAGAUACUGCUAAUGAUCGGCAAUUGCUACUCCUAGCUAGUGACGUGAUUAAAUACCGAUUUGAUGGAGUUUUCUUCAAAGAUCGAUUUGAAAAAAUACCUAUAGAGUUCAUGCAAGCAUUUGUAAGAGGAACUGAUAUUGCAACAGAAUUCGAUGAAAGUGCUGAUUUGGAUUAUUUUAAACACAGUAUGCCGGUAAAUAUGUACACCUAG